UUUUGCGACACGAAACCAGUCAGUUGCCGACCGGAGCCAGUCUGUAUCACCGCUGUUACCGUUGUCAAUUAAAUAAAUAAAUAUGCCGCCGAAGACAAGUGGUAAGGCCGCCAAGAAGUCUGGCAAGGCCCAGAAGAACAUCUCCAAGACUGAUAAAAAGAAGAAGAAGCACAAGAGGAAGGAGAGUUACGCCAUCUACAUCUACAAGGUGCUGAAGCAGGUUCAUCCCGACACUGGUAUAUCCAGUAAGGCGAUGUCUAUCAUGAACUCGUUCGUGAAUGACAUCUUCGAACGCAUCGCUGCCGAGGCGUCCCGUUUGGCCCACUACAACAAGCGUUCCACAAUCACGUCCCGGGAGGUGCAGACCUCCGUGAGGCUGCUGCUGCCCGGCGAGCUGGCCAAGCACGCCGUCAGUGAGGGAACGAAGGCCGUCACCAAAUACACUAGCUCUAAGUAAAUCGUAACUACUGUGAGCCAGUGUGAACACACCGCCGCCUUUUUGAACUGUUCCACUGUUCAAAGGGAAAGGGUGGAAAUGAGAAAAAGGCCCUUUUCAGGGCCACAAUAUCUUUCUGUUUGCUUUUAAAUGUUUCUUGAUAACGUCAAAUAGUCUGAACGCAGCCCACAUACGCACGCACAUGCACACACACACACACACAUACAUACAUACAUACAUACAUGCCUACUCGUAACUUUUAUAAACGAAUAACAUAAUGAUUCCUGCUAUUUAACUGCUAUAUGUCAAUUUUACAGAUUAGGUAGUACGGUAGUAAACAUACAACUAUCUAUAAUACUGUUAAUUAACUACGAGAGAUUAAAAAAUAAUAGGUAUAUAUGUAUACAUACCUAUUUAAUAAUUAAGCGAUAAAUAAGAGAAAG